CAUACUGAUGGGUAUAACGCUGACUUCAUUUGUUUCAACCCACAAACCGACUGCAGAGAAAAUCUCUCAUUUCUUUAAAUCGAAGCCCACAAAAAAUCAAGAAAAUAUAAGCAGAAGAGAUAUGGCGGAUCAAUUGACGGAUGACCAGAUCUCAGAGUUCAAGGAGGCCUUCAGCCUGUUUGACAAAGAUGGCGAUGGUUGCAUCACUACCAAGGAGCUCGGAACUGUGAUGAGAUCCCUGGGACAGAAUCCAACUGAGGCUGAGCUUCAGGACAUGAUUAAUGAGGUGGAUGCUGAUGGUAAUGGAACCAUUGACUUCCCAGAGUUUUUGAACUUGAUGGCGCGGAAAAUGAAGGACACCGACUCCGAGGAGGAAUUGAAAGAGGCAUUCCGUGUUUUUGACAAGGAUCAAAAUGGUUUCAUCUCUGCUGCUGAGCUGCGCCACGUGAUGACAAACCUCGGCGAGAAGUUGACUGAUGAGGAAGUAGACGAGAUGAUUCGGGAGGCUGAUGUUGAUGGCGAUGGACAAAUCAAUUAUGAAGAGUUUGUGAAGAUUAUGAUGGCCAAGUGAUGUCCUCACCUCAACCAAAUCUAGAACGACUUCUGAAUAUUAAUAUUAUAUAAAAAAAUCCAAAAAAAGAAAAAAAGAAAAAUAGAUGAUUAAUAGUGUAAGGGGUUGCUAGUUUUCUUUUUCAUCAUUUUAUUAUGGUGUUUUAAGUUAAACGAAUUAAAUAGUUUGCUGUAAUGUUGUUGGAAUUGCUUUUCGUUGUGUUAUGUUUGCCACUCGAAUCUGCAGCAGUUUAAAUUUGUAAUCCAUCCUUAUUUGAGAGC